AUGGACUUCACCAACGCCUUCGUUGCCACUAUGAUGGCAACUGUUGUCAUGGCCGCGCCUCAUGGCCUUGACCAUCGUUUCAGCCAUCUCCAUGCCCGCCAGAACACCACGGUCAACAAGCUCGGCGCUGCUUACAAUGAUGCUUCUCUUGUCAGUGCUAUCACCAAUGCUGGUUGGGCAUACGACUGGAACCUUGACUCCGACGGCACUCUGCCUUCGGGUGUUGAGUACUGCCCCAUGCUCUGGGGCCAGAAGAUGUACGACCAGUGGCAAUCGUCCGCCUCUAGCUAUCUCUCCUCCGGCAGCACCUGUCUUUUGGGAUUCAACGAACCCGACAUGACCACCCAGGCCAACAUGAGCCCCCAACAGGCCGCCACUGACUACCAGACCUAUAUGACCCCAUUCGCCAACCAAGCCACGCUCGUCUCUCCAGCCGUCACCAACGGUGUCGGUGACAACCUAGGUCUCACUUGGAUGGAAAGCUGGCUCCAGGCCUGCAACGGCGCCUGCGGUGCUACGGUCAUGGCUAUCCACUACUACGCCAACACUGACACCUCUGACUUUUACAACUUUGUCAACAACGCGGCCAGCCUGGCCAGUCAGUACGGAAUGAGCAGCGUCUGGAUCACUGAAUUCCAAAACACCGGAACCUCCGAUCAACAGGUUUCUUUCUUGCAGGAAGUCAUUCCAUGGCUCAACAAUAACACUGAUGUCGGACGUUAUGCGUACUUCUAUGUUGCCGAUCAAUAUCUCCUGAGCGGUACCUCUUUGAGCGCGAUCGGAGAAGCCUACACUGCUACGUACUAG